AUGCCUUGGGCAUUAUCGCACAGUAAGACAAUAUCGUCCGCAUACUCAAGGUCGAGAAGUCUUUCUCCAGGCAACAGAUCCACACCACCAUUACUUACAUCCAUCAGAGCUGUUUCCAGAAUGUCAUCGAUGGCAAAGUUGAAGAGGAGUGGUGAGAUUGGGCAACCCUGUCUAACCCCACUGCUCAAAUGGAACAAUGGAGAGAGGUGGUUGUAUGCCCUCACUCUGCCUGAGGUGUUUUUAUACAGGGCUUUAAGGAUGUUAAUAAACUUCUCAGGCACACCCUUCUUCAAUAGACAAUCCCAGAGAACAGUCCUAUCCAACGAAUCGAAGGCAGCCCUGAUGUCAAGAAACACUACGAUUGUUGGCCUUUGA